AUGACCAGCAUUGUCGAUCUCGAGAUUGAAAUUCUCGCCAGCAUCUUUGAAUACGUCGAUGACCAGUCCCCUCGAACCACUCGAGCUAUCGCUCAAACCAACAAAUAUUUCAACUCCGCAGUCCAACUCAUCCGUCAUCGUCGCAAGACUCUUUGCUGGAACCAACAUCAUUUAGACUGCGUCUCUUCCAACGCUCGGACCUCAGGCCAAUGGCUCUCUCCAGAACUCCUUCGCGGCCUACGCCACCUGACAAUCCAACGAGGUGUUGGUGCGUUACAUCCAAUAAAUUCUCCUGCGCUCUCCAACUUGAAAGAUCUCUUGGUUGAAGCCGGAAACCUCAAAUCCCUGACUUGGGAUGUUGGCGCUCCUCCACCAUAUGAGAUUAUUCAAGCGUUGCAAACACAUCAUCCAAAGGCAGAGCUCAAAGUUCGUCGGGUUCAACGAGACACUUCCUAUCCAGAACCGGUCGAGUCAGAGAAAGCCCUUGCCGCAUGUCCUUGUUUGACUGCGUUUUCCAUGCAAAUCUCUUUCAGUACACAUCGUCUUGAGCGCGACCAAGUCGCCUUUCAGAAUAUCAUUUCGUCCGCGCCGAAUUUGAGAUUCGCAUCCCUCAUCUCCUUUGGCCUUCAUCGCGACAUCAUUGAACGAUGGGCUGCGGAGGAUACGUCCCCCAAGAAACCCAACUCUUCACUGCGUCACUUGACGCUGGAUGGUUGGCCUUUGUCAGAUCAAACGCUAAACUACUGGUCUCGCUACGUCAAUCUCUCAACCCUCGAGAGCUUCAAAUGUAGUCGAGGGGUCCUUUCGGCCUCCUAUUUCCAAGGUGCUGGUGAGAUGUUGACCGGUCUCAAACACAUCAGCUUGAAUCUUGGCACAUCCAACUGCCCGGAAGGAACUGCAAAAGCAGCACAAAACUACAUCGCGACUUGUUCGCCCCUAUCAUCUUUGAGUUUAUGGUCUUGGAUGGGUAAAAUGUCACUUUUCACCAUUCUCCAUCGCCAUGGACCCACUUUGGAAGAAUUACAUCUUCACGAGAGGGAAGACACACUUCAAACCGAAGAUCGAGUCUUGUCAUUGAAAGAGAUCGAAUUGAUUCGAACUUCUUGUCCAAAUCUGAAAUCGUUUACCUUCGAUCUUGAGCGGAAAUCGAAAGAUCUGAAACUUGAAGACUAUCAAGAGAUUCUGGAGGAGCUCAAGAAGUCCAAGCUGGACAAAAUCCAAAUCUAUCUUGACUGCGGGCUAGCUUACAUGUUAGCUCGCGACGAACAAGACGGCGAUGCGGAUGACGACGACGAGGAUGACGAUGACCAGGACAACGACAGGAACGCGCGAAACGCCAACGCUAGACUCCCCUCGAAUAGUUGUGGGGGCAAUUUCGACUCUCGCAAAAUGAAUCCUAUCACAUUCACUGUUGAGCCCGAGCACAAUCGCACAGUGACGCUUCACCCACCAUCUUCGACCAAUGAUAUCUGCGAUUUCGUCGUCAAAGCAUGGAAAUUCCUCUUCGGAACUCAAUCUACGGGGGGAAGACAGCUGGACCUCAAGUUUGGCGAGUGGGAGCGCAAGCACGUACCGAUCUUCCUUCCCUUUGGUGGUCGACCAAACGGAGAUUUGAGGGUUUGGUGCCGGGUCAAACCUCAUGAACGUGAUGAUAAAGUGGGAGAGUGUGACGUCGAGAUUAAGUGUUGCGGCGGUAAGCAUUGGAAGAAAUUUACUAGCGAUUAG